GGGGCCGGAGAAACUAGGGAAAAUGGAGGCGCGCGGGAAGGGGGCGGAGCCGUUUUCGGGUCUGAGGAGGAGGCUUUCGGGGAGCGUUUAGUGCGCCUCAGGCUCCUGACAGAGCAGGCCUCCGAGGGUGUGGUUGUUAUCUAGCACUUCCCCAAAUGUUUCGGUUUUCGUUGCGUUUUGUGCAUAGUCACCCCUCUGCCACCCUCACUCUUGAAAUAAAAGGGAGCCGUGUAGUCAUUCCGAAAUACCAGUUCAAGAGAAGGUGAUGCCUUUAUAGAUCACACACACAUAAAAAAAAAAUCCCCCUCGUCUUACUUUUCGGAUUCUUCAGUUGCUUUUUCCCCCGGUUCCUUUGUUCUUCCCAGAUUAAAAAAGCAGCAUCCUUUUAUCAACGCAACUGAAGGAGAAAGCAAAAAAACCAAAGAAAAAACAACAACCCUAGGUUGUCUGAUCCAAGGAAAAAGUGUGACAUUUGGAAGUUCAUAGAAGGGGAAUAAGAAGAACCUGAACAUGUUAAGAGAUGGAACCAUUUUCAUGCCAAUACGUUCUUCUUACUUGAAGACAAGACAGAGGGAAUGAAGGAAAGACCUCCAGAACAUGCUCUGAGAUGAUCUACCCCCGUACAUCUUCACUGAUCUUCCUAAAUAUCAUAUUUCUCAUUUGGGCCGAUACUGUAUUUGAUAAUGUCAAGCCAUGCUCUGCAAUGGAUGGUACCACAGCAAAAACUGGGGAAAAGGCAGCCAGUCCUGGAACAAAAAAUCAAUCUGCAGAUAAUUUGCAGGAGAAGAAAAAAUGUUAUGCACCCUGUGAUUUUCAAGCUAAAAUAUUAAAAGAAGAAAAGCAUCACAUGUGUCGGAAUUUGCAGAACUCGCUGGUUGAAUAUGCAAGAAGUACUAAGAAAAUGAUACGAAACAUGAUGGAUGAUCAUCAGUCUUCUUUGGAUUACCUUUCCAAUCAGGUGAAUGAGCUUAUGAGUCGGGUUAUGCUUUUAAAUGCAGACAUGUCUAGAAAACCAAUUGAUGUAUUUCCUCAUCGGGCUGUUCAGUCUCAUGGUUUGGAUUGCAGUGAUAUUAAAGACACAAUUGGCUCUGUUACAAAAACUCCAAGUGGUCUUUACAUAAUCCAUCCAGAAGGAUCCAGUUACCCCUUUGAGGUAUUGUGCGAGAUGGAAUUCAGAGGAGGUGGAUGGACAGUGAUCCAGAAGAGAACUGAAGGGAUAGUUGAAUUUCAAAGGACCUGGUCUGACUAUCUGGAUGGUUUUGGUGAUCUUUCAGGGGAAUUUUGGCUUGGGCUCCGAAAGAUUUUCCACAUGACAAACCAGAAAACAGCCAGCUUCAUGCUUUACGUGGGCUUGGAGUCGGAAGAUGACACAUACGCCUAUGCAUCAUAUGAUACCUUUUGGUUAGAAGAUGAAGCGUGUGCCUUUAAAAUACAUUUAGGACGUUAUUCUGGAAAUGCUGGUGAUGCAUUUCGAGGACUUCAAAAAGAAGACAAUCAGAAUACGUUACCUUUUAGUACAUAUGACAUGGAUAAUGAUGGUUGCAACCCAUUGUGCUCUGUCCAAGAGCAGCCUAUAAAGAGCUGCAGUAACUUCAGUGGGAAAACAGGAUGGUGGUUCAGCCAGUGUGGGCUUGCCAAUCUGAACGGCGUUCAUCGGGUCACAAGGAGGAUGCUGUCGACUAGGAUUCGUUGGGAUACCUGGACUAUGGAUGGCAAACCUAUCAAAAUUAAAUCUGUUUCAAUGAAAAUCAGGAGAACAUAUUUUUAAUAAAGGAAUGAUGUCAUCGAAGAGUAUCUUCCAAAAUUAGGCUGUCAGAUACCUCCUCCAAGGUUGACACUUAGAAAAUUAUAGUGUUGCAAUUUGUUUAAAGAAUUAUUAGAAGCAUUUUGGAUUCCGCAUUACUCUGAAAUUGCACUUUUUAGUACAAGAUGUUUCUGUUUUCACCAUGAUGAUGUAGCUUUGUUUGUAAUAUGUUUUUUUUUCAUAAUACUGCUGGAUAUCAGAAUUGCUUGUUCUUAUUAGCACUCCCAUUGCACUGAUCAUUGCCUUAAAUACAGUUUGUUGCAAUUCUAGCUAGUUUGCUGUUGGCCAUUGCCUCUUCUUACACUUAAAAUGGUGCAGAAGGUUUAACAAAAACUUGUAGUUAUAUUAAUUUGAACUUUAUGGAGGGAAUUUUCACCCAGUCAAAACUGAACACAGACUAAACAGGAGCUGUUGUAGUAAAUGUCACAUUUUGCAAACUGAAGACAAAGCAGCAAUUUUACCAGAAAGAAUGUUCUCUAAAGCAAAAAUGGGCCUCUUUCCUAGCUUUUUAUUUACGUAUCCCACACAGGGAAUAGGAUAGCCAGUGUAGUAUAGUAGAUAGAAUGACGGACUAGGACUUGGGAGGCCUGGGUUCGAAUCCUCAC